GUGCUUUUCUUCAAAGAUGCUACAUACAGCUCAGUCGGUUUAAAGCCGACCAGUAGAAGUACACUAGGAUGACGUCUCCGUGGGACUUGAACAUGUGGAAAAUACGGAUUUAACGGAGUGGCAGCGAUUUUAUCACCAAGAGUCGACCGAUUAAAACUUUUACGUCGGGGGAAAGACGUUGUCCCUUCGCUCCUACGGCCUGAGUGCCAUGCCAGAGGGGUCCCGUUCUGCUCUCCACCAGGGCCCAAUGGGGGAAGAAUAUCCUCAGUUGUCCUCGCCCCUCUCCACUGGACGAGGACAUGAGCCAGCGAACACUGACUUGGGACAAGACUGCUACAGUCAGCUAUGUGCGGAGCCAUUGGAUGGAGAAGGGGAACGUCCAGUGAGUCUGGUGUCCACACUGUCUUCCGGAUCAUCCCGUGACAGUCACAGCCUUUUUGGGAGCACCGCGAACCUCCCUUCCUCCAGCACCCCACCCAUACCAAGCGAGGAGGACAUAGACUUGGAGCUGAGCCCGACAGAAAGCACCAUAGAGCAGACAAGAGACCAGAGUCCUGGUCUUGCAGGUUCCAGCGGCGUAUGGCAGCCGCACUUGAUUGUCAACCAGUGGAAUAACAACGGCCCUUCAGACAGGAAGCCAGGUGCAGAGAUCCUUCACAUCACUGCCUCGCCUGUCGUCACGGACACGAUGGCGCCCAACCCAAAGUUAACCUACGUGGACCGAGUUGUCAUGGAGCUCAUCGAGACGGAGCGAAUGUACGUCAGAGACCUGCGCAGUAUUGUCGAGGACUAUUUGGCUCACAUUAUUGAUUCGAGCAACGACUCCAUACGGCCAGAGCUAGUGUGUGCCCUGUUUGGAAACAUCGAGGACAUUUAUGAAUUCAACAGUGAAUUGCUGCAGUCGCUGGACAUGUGUGAGAAUGACCCUGUGGCCAUCGCCCAAUGCUUUGUAGAGAAGAGUGAAUAUUUUGAAAUCUACACCCAAUAUUGCACCAACUACCCAAAUUCAGUAGCGGCACUGACUGACUGCAUGAGGAAUAAAUCUCUGGCAAAGUUCUUCAAAGAUCGUCAGGCUGCUCUGAAACGUUCCCUCCCUUUGGGUUCUUUUCUCCUCAAGCCAGUGCAGAGGAUCCUAAAAUAUCACCUACUGCUGCAGGAAAUUGCGAAGCACUUUGACCAAGAUGAGGAGGGGUAUGAGGUGAUCCAGGAGGCGAUAGACACGAUGACGGGGGUGGCCUGGUACAUCAAUGACAUGAAGAGGAAACACGAACAUGCUGUCAGAGUGCAGGAGAUACAGAGUCUUCUGAUCAACUGGAAGGGUCCUGACCUAACCACUUGUGGUGAGCUGGUGCUGGAGGGCACCUUUCACGUCCUACGGGCGAAGAACAGUCGUACACUCUUCCUGUUUGAGAAGAUGCUGCUCAUUACCAAAAGAAGAGGGGAACACUAUGUCUACAAAACACAUAUCUUGUGUUCAACCUUGAUGCUGCUGGACAGUGCAAAGGAUCCCCUUCUCUUCAGUGUUAUCCAUUUCAAGCACCCCAAGCAGCCCCAUACAGUGCAGGCCAAGUCUGUCGAAGAGAAGCGUCUCUGGUCCCAUCACAUCAAGAGGCUCAUUCUCGAGAACCACAACACCAUUGUUCCACCAAAGGCAAAAGAAACGAUCAUGGACAGUUCUACUUGUCCAGGAAAGUAUCACUGUAGUCCGGAGAGGCUGAAAAGAGCAGAUUCAUACCACUCUGAAGAUUUUCAUCUUGUAGAACGGAAUGGGAGAAGAAGAUCAGAACCUGCGAAACAAAUCAUGAAAAGUACAAAAGAUGUUAUGAAGCAUGCAGAGAGUGAGGGUGCCCUGCUGGGCGACAGGCACCCCGCUCAGCCUGCCACAAGUGUCAGUACACAGUCUUCCAGUUUAGGCGAGCCCCAGGAUGAGAGGCCCAGUCCGGAGGAUCUCAUCCCUAAAAGGGAAACUCUGCAGCUAAGUUCCGCUGAUCCAAACCUGAGCGCCUCGCCUCGUGAGGGGGGUCUGGAGCUUCAGGUGACAGAACAGGAAAAACAGGAGGAGGAUGAGGAGGAGGGAGAGAGUUACAAGGAAGAUUUACUGAUGGAGGACGACCAGGUAGCUGACUUUGCCAGCUCCGUGCUGGCAGCCAUCUCCUGCUGGCACUAUAGAGCCAGGUCUUUGCUUUCUUCUCACUUCACAACGGAUGACCCAGUGAGCGAUGCAGCUCAGCUGUCGGAUGGAGAGAAAACGGAGAUGGAAGUUACUCCCAGCCAGGAGGAAACACAGAAUGAUGUGACCGAGGCCACACAGGUCCAUUUGGAUGAUCUCCGCUCUCUAAACGAUGUCCCUAAAAUGGAGAGCAUCCAUCAGCAACCUUACUCACCUCUCUCAUCCCAAAUUCAAGAGGAUGUCACUCCAGAGUCCAUGGAGACCUCUGGAGAAACCGGUGAGGAAGAGGAGGGAGGUAGCGACUCGUCAGGUCUUCACCUGGAGGAGACGAGCGUGCUGAUGAGCAGUGAGCUCUCUGAGGAGGAUGAGGAGGAGGAGGAAGUGCUGGCGGGGAGUCGGAGCAUCCUGCGGUGCUCCGUGUUGGAUCAGGCAAGCGUCAUCGCAGAGCGUUUCAUCAGCGGCCUGUCCAGGCGGAGCAGCCUUGUUUUGGAGGAUUUGGGCUCUGUGGCUUGCGCCUCACCUUUGACCUCCAAUAGCGUCUUCAUAAGCCCUUCAACCUGCACUGACUAUGAAGAAACCCCCCAGGUGUUGUCUCCAGAGCCACAGGUGACCUCUGAGGCUGAUGCACCUUUGCCUGAAUUGGAUGUAGAGCGCCGGUCCACGCUCUCCAAACAGGAUCGCAUCCUGAUCCACAAGAUCAGGAGAUACUACGAACAUGCCGAGAACCAAGAUGCCAACUUCAGCAUCAAGCGCAGGGAAAGUCUCUCCUACAUCCCAGUAGGUCUGGUCAGACACCUGAGUCGACAGCUAAACAACAUCCCAGACCAGAAGGCUGUCCCACUCCACAGGAAAGUCCUCUCUCGUCACCGGCCUACUUCCUGGUCUGUCUUUGACCUUCCGGGUUUGGAGAAGAGUCCAAACAAAGACUUUCACCAAAGGCCAGAGGACUUUAAGACGAGAUCGUUGAGUGUCACAGACUCUUCUACCACAGAUGAAGACUUCCAACCUUCAUCAGAGAUGAUGAAAGUCUGGCAAGACAUGGAAUCGGGGAUGGAAUUCCAGCAGACAGAAGAGGAGGAAAAGUCACACGGGGAUCGUUUCGACUCCAUGCAACCGCCUCCAAUCCUGGAGGAAAGUGAAACAAGUCCUGUGCUGCAUACUUCAAGCAUUUUAGCAGUCAACAGAAACCAAGAUGAAGAUUCCAAACCUCGUAAGGCCUCGGUGCCUCAAGGGAAGAACCUGGUCCAACUCCCAAAGAUCAUUAGCUUCAGAGCAAGCGUGGAUGAGGACCAGAUCUUACAGGACAUGGGCAAGAUGAAGAAUAAGGUUUUCCAGCUGGCGCGUCAGUACAGCCAGCGCAUCAAGAACAACCGACCCAUGGUCUGGCAGAGGAACCGAGAUCCCUCGGGUCCGCAGGGCUUCAGGAACAUGCCUGCUGUCCUCGAGGAGAAGAUCAAGAAAAAAGGUAAACCCAACCUCAGACUGCCCUUGAACAUUUGUGAAGAGAUGGUCAUCCAUGAGGUGAAUUCACCAAGCCCAGUCCAGACCCCGAGUUCCGGAGCCAGCUCCCACAGCGCAGCCACCGCCCCGCAAAGCCCACAGUCGGAGAACUUCCACUGGCCUGACGUUCAAGAGCUCCGCUCCAAGUACAACCCCUGUAGACUGGACGCCGACACCCCCCAUGCCUCAAACACGUCGCUGGAGUGUUCUACAGAGGAAUGCAAUGGCUGCUGUCACAACGACCCUCAUCAAGUCACACACUGUCCUGCACCACAACCUGACACCUGGUACAAGGGGAGGGGCGAUCAAGAGUGGCCUCGGCCCCGCUCCAAGAUGCUGCCCAGGUGGAGCUCUUUGGAGCACAUGCUUGGAUCUUAUCCGCUUCACGAAGUGCAGAACUUGCAGGAAGCCGUGCAGACCUGCUGUUCAACCAGUCAGAUGUCUCUGAUGACAAAGGAGGGCAGCGUCCUCACGGAGGGAGACGAACCCCUCGACUGUCCCGCCAAGUCGGCUGGUCCGAGUUCAGCCAAGAUGUCCGAACGUAAUCUUGUGAAGACUUUACUGGAGAAGUUCCAAAGCUUCAGCACAAGCUCAUGAACGUGUUCAUCUUGA